AUGUUUAUCGAUUUUUCGGUGAAGAAGGGCAGGAAUGAGACGUUGGAUUAUGAUGUAGAGCUGACAUAUCCUAUCAGCCGCCUGAUCACCUUUGACAUCCCCAUCCACUUGGAGAGAAGCUUUUUCGGGGUGGAAACAUCCGGGGCUACUGUACCGAAGGGAGAGGUCUCGAAUGUUCGACACAUUAAGUUGGUGUUGGCCACAUUUCUGGGAGAGCUUCGAGACGAGGGGGAUGAUGAGAGGAUGGCUGCCUGGGAGAUGGCCGUUUAUCGAUGGGCCGCCCAGAAUCCAUAUCCACUGGUGGAAGUGCUGGUGAUCGGCUCCGAGAUCGUGGAUGUGGAGAUCAAUCGCGAGGCUCAGCGGAUGUCCCCCUAUUUUGCCUACGGUUUCGGGGCAAUGUUUCUGUUUGUCUGCUCUACCGUAUACUUCUCGGCACUGUAUUUUGAUAGGUUAAAUUGGUGGACCGUAAUCGUCGGCCUAUGCUCAACCCUAGUGCCAGUUGUGGCAAUUACAUCAACUCUGGGUACUCUCUCACUUUUUGGAUGUCCUAUUAAUCAAUUACUGCUUAUUAUGCCGUUUCUCAUCAUGGGAAUCGGGGUGAAUGACUCUUUUCUUACGGUACACGCAUGGCUUCGACAAUCAAAUAAUGAGAAUAUGCAGACGAGGAUGGGAAGGGUUUUUGAAGAAGUUGGGCCCUCCAUAACCACGACUACGCUGACAAACGUUAUUACGUUUCUUAUCGGAGCCUUUACCCCGACCAGUGAGAUCUCAAUCUUCUGCUUCGGCACAGCCCUCGCCCUUGGCAUGGCGUAUAUUUACACAUUAAUACUAUUUGGCCCAAUUCUCUAUUAUUCCUCCCCGACUACGGUUGAUAAGGAAGGGCCGCGUACUGUAGAUGGGUGGAGACUUACGCUGCGAAACUUCUUGAAAUGCCUGGUGCGCGGGUAUGCAAAAGUGAUCAGCCAUCCCGCCGUCGCUAUCGUCUUGCUACUCGGGAGUCUAGUAUAUUGGUUCUUCGCGGUGAAGGGUACUGUAGGACUCGAGUCGAAACUCGACACCGGCAAAAUCCUCCCAAUUCACACCCCAAUUCGACGCCCGAAUCGAUUGAUGGAGGAGAUUAUAUGGCCGGAAUACUAUCCACUGACUGUCAUCGUCAACAACCCGCCGGAUAUUCGAAAAUCCUCACAACUCGCCAGGCUGAUCAAGAUGCAUGAAGAUUUUGAGAGGAUGGAGCAUAAUCGCGGCAAAAUCUACACUCUCUCCUGGAUUCGAGCGUACCAAUCGUACUACGAGCAAGCGUCAAUCUUCGAUUUUGACGAAGAUCUUGAGGCCCGCGAUUCUGGCUUGAGCUAUGGGAAAUUGGAGCCGUUCCUCAACGAUACGCUACGUCGACAGUAUCAAUCGUUCGUCAAGCUAACGAAUAGCAGCUCAAACCCGAUCCAGCGUUUUUCGCUAGUUUUCGUCUUCGAAAAGCUCUCAUCAUGGGAAGAACGUAUCAGAUUGGUGGAGGAGUGGCGCGGAAUUGUUAAUAGUUAUUCGGAGAUGAACGCGACAAUCUACGAUGUAAAUGCAAUGUUUGUCGAUCAGAUUAUUUCGCUGAAACCGUUGGCCAUGCAGAGUGCAAUGUGGACAUUAAUUU